GGUCACAAACCACCAUGGCAGAGAAAUGUCUGAUCCUAGAUAACGGGAGUCACACAGUGAAAUGCGGCUGGAGAUCCGACAAGUCACCUGAGAACCUUUAUAAUUGGAUAAUGAGACCUAAGGAUAGGAGGAGGCAGUUUGUUGGUACUCAGAUUGACGGGUGUCAGGAUAUGUCUAAUAUUCAUAUCACCUGUCCGUUUCAGAAGGGGUAUCUACUAAAUUGGACAGCACAGAAAACAAUAUGGGACUCUAUCUUUAGCGAUCCCCUAAAGGUUUCUCCUGGAGACACUAACUUAAUAGUAACGGAACCACCACUUAACUUUACUUCUAUACAAGAAGCUUGGGAUGAGGUUAUCUUUGAAGAGUAUGGCUUUAAAUCUUUGUUUAGAUGUUCAGCCAGUACCCUGACAGCAUUCCACUACAAGCAGACCCACACAGAUAACCAGUGUUGUCUGAUAGUGGACGCUGGGCACGCCUUCACUCACAUUAUACCUUAUCAUAAUGGUAAACAGAUUAUAGCCGGCACUAAGAGGAUCAAUGUGGGAGGUAAGCACAUGUGUAACCUACUAAAAGAGCUGAUCUCCUACCGUCAGCUAAACCUGCUAGAGGAGACCUACGCUUGUAAUCUGAUAAAGGAGGACGUGUGUUUUGUGAGUACUAGUUUUAAUGAAGAGUUGGAGCUGGCUAAAAAGAAGGAUCCUUCUGUUUUGUGUGAGUACGUGCUCCCAGACUUUGUGAACAUACACAGAGGCUACGUGAACUUACCCGACGUUACGGACGACCCUGACGAGGCUAAGAAACCAGUCCCGACAAAGGAACAGAUGAUAAGGUUAUCUCUGGAGAGGUUCACUGUUCCUGAGAUACUGUUCAACCCUUCAGAUAUAGGUAUAGAAGCGAUGGGGCUAACAGAAGCAAUAGUGCACGCGAUAAGACAAUGUCCAGUCAACAUGCAGCCUCAUCUCUACAAUAACAUUGUUAUCAUCGGGGGUAGUUCUAAGUUCCAGAACUUCAAGGAGAGAAUAAUAAAGGACGUGAGAUCGUGCGCUCCUGACGAGUUUAACAUAAACGUGUACCGACCUGAGGAUCCUAUUGUAGAGGCUUGGAAAGGAGGUCAACUAUUAGGAGGGUGGCCAGGGUACCACAGUAUCAGAGUCACUAAGUCAGAGUACGAGGAUUCUGGGCCAAGUGUGUGUGCUAAGAAACUGUAUGAUUCUAUACCUGUUGGGAACACAUGAAACAGGGGGUGUGGUGACGUCAUGAUUCUAUUGUGACGUCAUCAUGAUACUAAUGUGUUAUCUUUGAGAUUUGAGAAAUGUGCAAUGUGCAUUCUGUUUGCUGUGGCCUGUGUGGGUUGAAGAGAUGAGAGUAGAGGAGGUUGCAGCUAAAUGAUAGGACAUUAAGGUCAAGAUUUGUCGAAAUGACUUAAACAUCUUACAGAGACACAUUGAUAUCUUUUAUGUACUAAUUUUAUUAUUCAACCUGACUUUAACAUACUUAUAACUUAUUUGAAAUAUAAUUCAGAUUUUAUAUUGUAAUGUGCUAAUUGCUAUCUUACGAUAUUUCAUUAUUAACCUAGCGUUACUAGAUUCAAUUUUUACAUUUAUUUUAGCCG